UGUUCAUCAACGCGUAUCAGAUCAUAAUGAUUGUAGAGCUCUGUAUAAUACUGCGAAUUGUAUUGAAUGAAAGCCAACACUUCGCUUUCCAGGGAGCAACUAUCGAAACUUGUAAAGCAACAAAAGAUGCUAAUGGUGUUGACCUUACACCGACCCCUAAAAUUAUGUCAAACGACCAUAUUCCUCAACAAGACUCCUGGGAUGUGAAUAAUGGAAUAAAGUCAUUAUGGAUUUACCGAUCACCACUGAUACAACCACAUCAAAGUGAUGAACAACAGUCACAUCACGUGGUCCUAAAACCACCCCAUAUAGUAACGAGGCUCGCGAAACCGCUAACAUUUGGUUUUGAUCCGUUUUUUAAAAAGGAAUAUUUCGAACCGUUUGAAAGACGUCAAAAACCUGUAUCUCUAGUAACAUUUAGAAAAAAUGGAAUUCAGCCUAGAGAAAUGAUUACUAAUGGUCAAGCCGAAUCAGCUGAAGUGGCGGAAUUGCAGUCUGCGUUCAAUGAUCUUAGUAAUUUAUAGCAGGAUGUACCAGAUAACAUACGAA